AUGGGCUCGACUUUACUAUCCGCCUCAAAGAAGGCUGGAAGUAAAUCAACAUCCUCUAAGCAUUCAUCCAGCAAAAGCAUCGAAAUCAUUAACGAGAAUGGCGAAACCAAUCAGCGAAAGACAAAGAAACGAAAGGCUGCACCGGAGCCUGAGAACCAGAUAGCGAAGGACGACCAAAAGGAUCCUUUGAUACCCUUGAAUGGAAGCAACCCAAAUUCCGGAUCUAAACCUCGGAAAUCUGUCACUUUUUCAGAAGAUACAAAGCUGGAGGAUGAUAUAGCCGUGGUUGAUUCCGAACUUACCGUGGACCCUGAAGAUGAUCCUGACUCGCUUGCAAAUAGAAGAGCAGCUAAGCGGCGCAAAAGAGAGGAACGCAGGAAGGACCGCAAUACCUCAGCACAAGCCAAACCGGAGGAACCUAAAACACCGUCCGAUCCAAUUUUAGCAUACCUGUCAACAUAUCAAAACUCACGAAGCGAAUGGAAAUUCCAAAAGAACCGAGAUACAGCUGUUCUGAAGAAUUGUUUCUCCAUAGACCGGAUACCACCUGGCUACGACUCUGCACUUAGAGCUUAUCUGUCAAGCUUAAAAGGGGAGGCGGCUAAAAAACGCAUCGUGGAGGCUGCCAAGGAAGCUAUAUCAAAUGACGACAAGAGCACCAGCGACCCAACGACCGCAGAUGUUGAGGCCCAAAGGUCUAUAUACGACGAUGCUGUAGAUGCAUUUAGGAACCGGCUGGAAAAGCAGGAUGGUAGCCAAGACGAUGAUGAAGUACCUGCUGACCUAAGUCCGUCAUGGCAUAAGAGACUGAGCACAAGGAAACGUGCCGAGUUGAUCCUUUACCUGUUCCGUGAUAGUAUUCCGAAACCGCCUCCUCCGAAGAAGCCCACUCGGAAAACCAGGACGGCUGUGGUAUCUGAUUCGAGCAGUAGCAGCGAAAGUGGCACCGACACCGACAGUACUAGUGAUAGUGAAACUGAUAGUGAUAGCGACAGUACUAGUGAUAGUGGGAGCGAUAGUGACAGCGAUAGUAGUGAUUCAUCCGGCUCCAAUCUGGUAGUUCACAAGAACUUGGCAAAUUACUCCAAGUCUGAAUCCAGCUCAGGUCCUGCAGAAGCCUCUGAGGAUACAUCAUCCUCUGGGUCUGACUCUGAUUCAUCCUGA